AUGGCUGGAUCUGGAGGAGGAGAACUUCGAGCGCCAAUCUUCAAUGGCGAGAAUUUUGAUUUCUGGCAAAUCCAAAUGAAGACCAUCUUUCACUCGUAUGAACUGUGGAAUAUGGUUGAGAGUGGGUACAGAGCUCCGACGAAGGAGGAGGAACUCAGAGAGGCGGAGAGAAAGCUGUUGCGAGAGAAUGUGGUCAAGCAUGCUAGAGCACUGGGUAUUAUUCAAGGUGCCGUUUCAGAUCAAAUUUUCAUGAGGAUUGCAACUCAGGAAAGUGCGAAGGCUGCGUGGGACAUCCUGAAACAAGAGUUUGUUGGUGAUAAGCAAGGGUAUGAACAAAGGUUGGAUAGACAUGGAAAUAGUAGUAUGGAGAAAGCAUUUGCUAGUUUGAAAUUUGCCCCGAAGUCCAAAAAGUUCAAUGGCAAGCCAAAUAGUAACAAAUAUCACAAGAAUUUUAAACCAAAAGAGAAACAAUGGAGUAACAAGGGUGACUGGAGUAAUAAGGUUGGAUUCACUAUGAAGAAUGAAGCAAACAACACUGGGGAUAAGUGUAAAUUCUGUGAUAGACUUCACUAUGGAGAGUGUUGGGUUAAAAACAAAGUCAAGUGUCACAAGUGCAACAAAAUUGGGCAUAUUGCAAGGUACUGUAAUGCGAACAAGACUGUGCAACAGGUGAACUUUGCUAAUCAGGUUGAUGAAAUUGGAAAUCUGUUUUAUGCAAAUCAUUCUGGAGAAGUGAAGAAGAUAAAUGAUGAAUGGUACAUAGAUAGUGGAUGUAGUAACCAUAUGACAUUCAGAGAAGACUUGUUGAUAUUGAUAGAGGAGUGA